AUGAGAAUCGCAACGAGUCUGAAACUCAACCGAUUAGAGCCCGACGACCUCUCCAUCGAACCACCUCUCUCAAACAUCUGCCGACGCGCUCCCCACAAGGUCCUCGUGCUGCCCUUCAUGGAGGACCUCUCACUCUUCGCCAUGCUGACCACCACCGCCAACGCCCUCGCCCUCGCAAAGGACGACCUCGCUAUCAACCUCACCAUAGGCCCUCGCCUCCCACGCCCACUACGCCCUGGGGCGGCUCCGCGUUCCGGGCCGAGCGCGCGCUCAACGAGCUCGCCCACGUCGCAGCCGAGACCCGCAUUGAAGGCUUCUCGCGGUCUGAAGGCCACGAAGACUGCUGCUCGCGACCUGCUCGUGGCCGUUGCCUAG